AACGGAGAGACCCGUUUAUAAGAAUAAGAAAAGGAGGCGGAAUUGAUUGAUUCAAAUGCAGGUAUGUAAAAAAUACAUAUAUUUAGAGUAAUAGCUUGAUGUGUGUUUCAAAGGGUUUUUUUUCACAAAAGCUUCAAACAAACAGGGGUGACUGAUCUCGGAAACGAUUUAAUGCAUUUAAAAAUGGCUACAGCUACCGUCAGCAUGCUUGCUAGGUAGAGUACGGUAACGACUAUACGUGGCUAGUGCAGCAUUAGCCAUUCAAUCCAACGAUGAUCAUUAAAUCUAUUAUAAACAUUUAAGGACUUGUGUGUUGUAAAAGAGCCUCACAUGGUGUGUAAAGCAGUUUUUGCGCUAAUAGUUCUGCUAGCUCUUUACAAACCUAUGAUGCUAACGUUAAUUGCUAACGUUAACCGGAGCGCUAAGCUUCAAGCUGCUGACGAACUCCGUCAAGACAUGCAGAUCAGCAUCAAUGUCCACGUGAAGAACCUAGUUAUGUUGCCAGUGUCAACCCAACAAAAGGCACUUUCACAAUAUAUAAAAGAAGUGUAUGGAACUGAGGUGCUUCUCAGGAGCUGCUUCAGUUGUUGGAGGAUGGAGAAGAGGAUGCAGCCAUGACUUGUGAGACGGCGUCUGAGUCAGCUACUACUCACUAGGAGAUCAGAAACAUGGUGUCCUUGCAAAAGUGGAAAGAGGCCAGGCCUUGUCUUAUAGACAAUAUGUUAGCUACUCUGGAUCCACUGUCACACCGUGUGUGUCAGUGUGGCAAACAAGUAGUUGUGAGGUGUCUGGACUGCCUGCCUCUUCCAUUCCUUUGUGCUGAGUGUGAUAUUGCAGUUCACACACGCUUUGUCCUGCACAACCAAGAGGCAGUAACAGGAGGGUUUUUGCAGCCUUCAUCAGAGUUUCACAAGCCAAUAGUUCGGCUGUUGCCUGUGCAAAGGCCAGACCAUGUGUGUGACUGCCCAGCAGGUAACGUUGAGGUUUCACCCGGCGCAGUUGUGGCUCUUGUAACCAUAAAUGGCCGUUAUAACCUUGCACUGCCAGUGGUGAGCUGCACCAGCUGUGACCUAAUGUGGUCCCCCUCAGUUAAGGACAUCCUGGGUAGUGGAUAUUGGCCUGGCACCUUAAAUUUCUGCACCCUGUUUUCAAUGGAUGUCUUUCAGUCUUUCUAUGACAUUAAGAAGGCUGCACCAGGGAUGUCACUUAAGGCAUUUGUCAAAAUGCUGGAUGAACGAACAGCCCAUUUCGGAAGGACUGGCCGCAUAUCAGCUGAUGCCUUCAGUAAAAGCUUUGUGGAGUGGAGUGCUGUUUGAGGUGGACAGGAUGUGCAAGGAGCCAUGCGUUAGCUGCCCUGCCUGCACUCCAGACAUGCUUGCCGUCUCAGUUGAUGGAAACUGUAAGCUUUAUCGCUUUCAAUCUAAUGCAAGGUACGUUAUGCAUUGUGUACAUAAAUCAAAUAUGGCUUUGUAGAAGCCAUAUUUGAUUAAAAUGACGUAACGCCAUAACCAUAUGUGUGUGUGUGUGUGUGUGUGUGUUUGUGUUAUAAAUACAUAUGGAUGGGUGGGUAUUUAUUUUAUUUUUCUCUUGUUGUUGUUAUAAUACUAUUUACUUUACUUUUUCUUAAUGUAUACUUAAUUUUAGCGUCCCAGGACAUAUUACGUUCCUUUGCUCCGAUGUGUCCUGUAAAUAUUUCCCAUAUUUAACAAGGUGGCUCAGCUGAGGACUCUUGUCAAUGCGUCCUUUUCUCUCCGUCAUGCAUGCAAAGGCUCUCAUUUGGAAAUGCGAGGUAUACUGCAGCUUGUAGUUUUGGAUUAGUUUGAGACAUUUUGUUAUAAGGUUGAAUGAAUUCAGCAGUCAUGUAUUGUGACCUCCUUUCUAUAGAUCAAAUGGGGAGGUGCGUUUCA